AUGGCCGUCUCCGCAAAAACACCACAAUUUCCCAUAAGCUCCGACCACCAAAACCACCAACUUGCCAAAUCCCUUAAUCUUAAACCCCAGAAUUUCGCUCAAAUCAUGAAAAAUCAGUUCUCCCUGAAAAAAAUCCACCAAAAACCUCUCUCAAGCUCAACCACUCCCUCAGCCGCCAACGCCGAUCCCAACUCGUACCUGACUCAGCUGUGCGCUCAGAGCGAACUAAAUCAAGCCAUAAAUUUCCUAACCGCCGCCGUUUCUAAAGACCCACAAGAUGACAUCGAAGAAGAAACCUUCGUGUCUUUACUUAUGCUGUGCGAAAACAAGCGAGCGUCUGAAGAAGGGCUGUUGGUUUACUCUUUGGUGUCGAAAACGGAGACCACGCAUCUGAGCCUGAGGCUGGGAAAUGCGCUCUUGAGCAUGUUCAUUCGGUUGGGCAACCUAACCGAUGCCUGGUACGUGUUCGGCAAAAUGCAGGAAAGGAAUUUGUUUUCCUGGAACGUCUUGAUUGGUGGCUAUGCCAAAAAGGGGUUUCUAGACGAGGCAAUCGAGCUGUACGAACGUAUGUUGUGGCUCGGUGAAGUCGGAAUUAGACCCGACGUGUACACUUUCCCAUGUGUGUUGAGAGCUUGUGGUGGUUUGGGUGAUUGGAGAAGAGGUCGGGAGAUUCAUUCCCACGUGUUGCGGUUUGGGUACGAAUCUGAUACCGAUGUUUCCAAUGCUUUGAUAACUAUGUAUGUGAAGUGCGGGGAUUUGUGGGGGGCAAAGGACGUGUUCGACAGAAUGCCUAAGAGAGAUAGAAUCUCGUGGAAUGCUAUGAUCUCUGGGUAUUUCGAGAAUGGGGAGUGUUUGGAUGGGCUGCUUUUGUUCUUAUCCAUGAGGGAGAAAUGUUGUUUUCAUCCGAAUUUAAUGACCUUGACAAGCGUAAUUUCUGGUUGCCAAACUUUUGGUGAUGAGAGGCUCGGGCAGGCGGUUCAUGGAUACGUGGCAAAGACGGAGUGCUGGACCGAGGCUUCUGUAGGUAACUCUUUGAUUCAGAUGUAUUCAUGUUUUGGGAAUUUGGGUGUUGCAGAAAUGAUUUUCGAUAGAAUUGAAUGUAAGGACGUGCUUUCUUGGACCUCGAUGAUUUCGGGCUACAACAAUAACGGGCUUGCUGAAAAAGCUAUCGAGACUUAUGAAAAGAUGGAAUCAAAAGGGAUUGCCCCUGAUGAGAUCGCAAUUGUCGGAGUAUUGUCCGCGUGUACAUCUGUUGGUAAUUUGGAGAUGGGCGUAAGGCUUCACGAGCUGGCCAAAAGGACUGGGCUUGUGGAAAAUCUAAUGGUUGCUAGUGUCCUUAUAGACUUCUAUUCCAAGUGUAAAUGUGUAGAUAAGGCUUUAGAGGUCUUCCAUCGAAUUCCCAACAAAGACGUGAUAUCCUGGACAUCGAUUAUUCUCGGGCUCCGUAUCAAUAACCGAAACAUUGAAGCUUUGAUUUACUUUCGGCAGAUGAAGCUUGGUCUAAACCCUAAUGAUGUCACAUUUAUCUCCGUUCUUUCGGCAUGCGCCCGUAUAGGGGCAUUGGUUCGUGGAAAAGAAAUCCAUGCACACGUGCUAAGAAAAGGAUCAUUAGGGUUUGAUGGGUUUUUACCGAAUGCGAUUCUCGAUAUGUACGUGAGGUGUGGGAAGAUGGAGCUCGCAAGGAAUCAGUUUAGUUCGCAGAUGAGAGAUGUUUCUUCUUGGAAUAUUAUGCUGAUGGGCCACGCGCGGAGGGGUCGGGGCCCACUUGCAGUGGAUUUAUUUGAUAAAAUGGUCGAUUCGGAUGAAGUGAUGCCGGACGAUGUCACGUUUAUAGCUCUUUUGUGUGCCUGCAGUCGAUCGGGGAUGGUAACUGAGGGUUUGCAGUAUUUUAAUAGUAUGGAAAAGAGAUAUUCUAUAGUUCCUAGUUUAAAGCACUAUACUUGUGUGGUCGAUUUAUUGGGCCGUGCGGGAAAACUGGACGAGGCAUAUGAGUUUAUUGAGAAGAUGCCUGUGAGGCCUGAUCCAGCUAUAUGGGGAGCCUUGUUAAAUGCAUGUAGAAUUCACAGACGGGUCGACUUAGGGGAGGCAGCAGCUAUGAAUAUUUUCGAGAUGGAUAAAAAGUCCCAUAUGUAUUAUAUUUUUCUGUGCGAUUUAUACUCGGAAUGUGGGAAAUGGGACGAGCUUGCUAAAUUGAGACAAAGAAUGAGAGAAAUGGGUCUAACUAUUGACCCUGCGUGCAGUUGGGUCGAAGUGAAAGGGGAAGUCCAUGCGUUUCUUAGUGGCAAUAAUUUUCACCCUCGGAUAAAGGAAAUAAAUUCUGUAUUGGUGGGAUUUUACGAGAAAAUGAAGAUGGCGCCUCAUAAUGAUGAUGAUUAUCCAGAUAGAAGUUCAUUUACGAAUGGGUUGGAGACCUCUAAAGCUGAAGUCUUUUGUGGGCACAGUGAGAGGCUGGCUGUUGCUUUUGGGCUCAUAAGCACUUCCCCAGGGAUGCCUAUUCGGGUGACGAAAAAUCUUUACAUGUGUGACAGCUGUCAUUAUACAGUGAAAUUUAUAUCCAAGGUUGUUAGAAGGGAGAUUUCUGUUAGGGAUGCCGAGGGCUUUCACCAUUUCAAGGACGGGAAGUGCUCGUGUGGAGAUGAGGGUUAUUUGAGAAAAUCUUGA